GGCUUGUUCCCGGCAUCUUUCACCAGACCAAAAACUGCAUUCACAUUCGCUGUCAUGGACGACUUUCUGUUAGACAAUCUCGAGUGCGGUACAUCGGCCAUGAAUUACUACAGCAAAAUUUGCAGACUAACCUCGAGCAUUGUUCCACUGAUGGUUCCGGAUCGCUAUAGAGAGCUCAUGAGAGCUACCAGGCAGUGGCGACAAUGCAAGCUUUACAAGUGGCAUGGAUUUGCCCACAAAGAUGACCAGCCAAAGGACAGUGAUCUCGCCCUAUUUUGCCUGGCAUGUCCGCAACUGGGUAUAAACUUGGAUCUGUCUACUGGUACAGUCGCCCAGCCCGACGAUACACCUUCCUGGCUCAUGACUAGAUAUUUGGUCAUGGAUGGAAAUUUCAAAGCUGAGCACAUGCAUCCGGUGAAUGCAUCCGAUGAAGUAUCAUUGAUGGAUGGUCUGGGGUUCAUGGUCUCCGAUGAAAGAUACAAGAGCCAUUUGGCUAUUGCGCAAGACAAUGUCCAAAGGUCAGAUUGCAAUAAUCACCAGGCAGUAAAUCAAGCAAACGCCUCACGGCAAAGGCUGGAAGCCACCGGUAUAGGAGGAUGUGCAUGUGCACAGCAUGGAUGUUUUGUCCCACAUUCCAUGGUGGACUUUCAGAAAGGUGAAAGGCAGAUGAACAUGGACUAUGCAUUAAGUCAAGCGCUCAACUAUAAGACUGACAGAAUCUCUUGCGCCAUCACUUUCUAUGACAUAAAUUGUCAGUAUAACAAGUAUUUGAAGGACCGGAUUGCUUCCAGCAUGUAUCUUUCCAUCCCCAUAGGUAUGGAUAUCAUUCCUGGAAUUGGUUUGUGGCAUGUACAUGGACAUCAAGACAGCUGCUUUGUCCGGUAUGCAUCAAAUUUCAUCCAUGGGACUGGCAGGAUAGAUGGAGAGAUCAUGGAGACCCUCUGGGCACCUUUGAAUAUAAUAUCUCCAUCGGCCAGGGGCAUGGGAACUCCUGCAAUUGUUGAG